AUGUCUCAUUUUUACCACUUGUUGGGUAAGGGCGUUCCGUUUGUCUGGUCGGAUGAUUGUCAGCAGGCGUAUGAUUUGAUUAAAAAGUUUGUAACUUCAGAUCGGGUUCUGGUCCAUUUCAACCCUGAAUUACCAAUAAUAUUAACAACGGAUGCUUCGAAUAGUGCAGUAGCAGGAAUUUUAUCUCACCAAUUUUCGAAUGGUCUCAAGCCCAUUGCUUUUGUUUCAAGAGCAUUAUCAAAAAGUGAGAAAAAUUAUAGUACACUUGAAAAAGAGGCGUUGGCGAUUGUGUUUUGUGUAACAAAACUCAAACAGUAUUUACUUGGAAAUACUUUUGUACUAAGAACGGACCAUCGUCCGUUACUUGCAAUUUUUGGUGCAAAUAAAGGUUUGCCUAUGAUGGCCUCAGCACGUAUGCAACGCUGGGCACUGAUUUUAUCCGGUUUUAAUUACACCGUUGAACAUGUUAAGGGAGUGCAAAAUGAAGCUGAUGCUAUUUCUAGAAUGCCCCAAAGAAAUUUUGAGAGCAAUAAUAUUGAAUAUUCCUAUAUAAAUUUCAUAGAAAAUGAGGAAAAUUUCAACUUAAAUUUCAAGACUGUAUCUCGUGAAACGAGACGUGACACUGUUUUGUCAAAAGUAGUAGAAUGUAUUGCAAGUGGAACCCUGCACAAUUUAAAAGAUGAUUUGUAUACGCCAUAUCGUGAAAAAGAUACACAACUUUCUGUCGAAAAUGAUUGCGUUCUAUGGGGAUACAGAAUCGUAAUUCCAGAGAAACUGAGAUCUGCAAUCUUAACAGAAUUACAUCGUUCCCAUUUGGGAAUUGUAAAAACAAAGGCUUUGGCUAGAUCGUAUAUAUGGUGGCCUGGUCUUGAUAAAGAUAUCGAAAAUUUAAUCAGGAAUUGUAUUCAUUGUCAAAAAUUGCAAUCCAGCCCGGAAAAGAGCAGCCUAAUUCCAUGGGUGCCUGAUGGUUCUGUGUGGAGCAGAAUACACAUUGAUUAUGCUGGCCCGAUUAAAAAUUUUCAUUUCUUCAUUAUCAUCGAUGCUUUUUCAAAAUUCGUCGAAGUAUUUAAAACCAAAGAUUUAACAACUGCUUUUACAAUUAGAAAGCUGAGAGAACUGUUCUCACGCUAUGGUUUGGUUGACACGCUCGUUAGUGACAACGGACCACAGUUCACAUCAUAUGAAUUCAAGAAUUUCUUGGCCUUAAAUGGUAUAAAACAUGUCUUGACUCCUCCGGGACAUCCGUCCACAAAUGGUCAAGCAGAAAAUUUUGUCAAAACUUUUAAAAAGUCUAUUUUAGCAAAUUUAGACCAAAACAAAGAUGCCAAUUUGGAUCAAAUAUUAUGUCGUUUCCUAAUGGAUUACAGAAACAUGAAACAUUGCACAACAACUGAAUCUCCAGCUAUGCUGUUCUUUGGCAGGAAACUGAAAACCAGAUUUAGUCUUCUAAAACCCCCAACAACAAAACAAAACAUACUUAAGUCUCAAGACAACAAGGUGAAACUGUGUGGAAAACGAAUUGCAAAAGCGCAUUGUCAUGAAAAGCACCAUUCCCUUCUGCAUGUAAAUCCCCGACUCCGUAAAGGAAUAUCCUCCUCUUCAGCAAAAAAGAGUAAGCAUAAAUUAGCUCGUCAAUCAUCCGUUGGAAAUCGACCAAAGCAGCCUACACCAUCUGAAACAACCACUACUAAGGAGGCCCACACCACGCCAACUGAUAGUUCGGCUUCCACAACAUAG